GUCAUUCCGGUGUGGACGUCGAACGCGUACAUAAUCUGCGAAUAUGAUUGUUAUCAUGUGCUUUUAAUGGUACUUAAUUAGCAAGCCGGAAUCAAUCUGCGAUAUGAACGGUGAAACGGCCACUCGGGAAAUCCGAUUCGAAGCUUGUUCAACGUCGAUGAACAUAUCUACAAUUGAAUGAGUGGAUCAACAUUCACCUGUGCGGAUCUUUUAUUUGUGAGACAAAAAUUUAUUGGAGAUUGUAUAAUAGCGUUUUAAAGAUCACAGACGAUCACGUCAUUGCACCGUCUGUUGCUAUGGUUACUGUUACGUGAUGGGAUGUUCGCCGUCCAAGAAAGUCGUCCGAGCAAAAAACGCCACAAAACGUUUGCGUGCAGUCGUGCGUAUUCAGACGUGGUACCGGCGAUACCGAGCCAAUCUCGAGGCCCGUCGGCGAUGUACAUGGAGCAUCUUUCAGUCCUUGGAGUACGCCGGCGAACAGGAUCAGCUUAAGCUUCACAAUUUCUUCAACAACAUGCUGGAUAGCCUCGUUUCGGACGGGAAUAGUCCUGCACCACUCAUCCGGGCUUUUAACGUGAACAAACGAGCCUCGAUAUACGAUACUCAGUCGAUGCGCGAUUCCGGGGGCGAGAUGCUGCAGAAUCUGCUGGAGGGGAUGGAGGUGGAGCCCUCCUACAAGGGCCCUCAUCUCACUUUCCCUCUUACUAUGAACCAGCUUCACAAGAUUGUGCAGUCUUUCAGACGAAAACUGACGCUACACGCGAAGUACACCAUUCAGCUACUGCUGGAGGUGCGUCGCAUCCUAAAGACCCAAGGAAACAUCCGGUACGCCAGCACGUCCCUCUCCAAGCAAGUGACUGUCUGCGGAGACAUCCACGGCAAACUGUCCGAUCUGUACACGAUCUUCCAUAAGAAUGGGCUACCGUCAGUCAACAAUCCAUACAUUUUCAACGGCGAUUUUGUUGACAGAGGGCAGUUCUCAACGGAGGUCGUCAUUGUUUUGUUUUCGUGUUUUGUUAUGAAUCCGAAUGAGGUUUACUUAAAUCGCGGGAACCACGAAGAUCACGUGAUGAAUCUCAGGUACGGCUUUGUCAAAGAACUUCAAAUGAAAUACAAACAACAUUCCAGAAAGGUCAUUCACAUGUUUAAGGACGUGUUCAGCUGGUUGCCCCUAGCAACGGUGGUUGACGACCAAAUUAUCGUCUGCCACGGUGGCAUCUCAGACACGACAAAUCUUAAAACGCUUGCUAAAAUAGACCGACACAGAUACAUGUCGACCCUGCAGCCCCCGGGGGAAUGCGAGGACAUAAGCACCAUGGACACCCAGGACUUGAUAGAGUGGAAACAGGUGUUAGACUUGCUUUGGAGCGAUCCCAAGCCCAUUGACGGCUGUCAACCGAACACUUUCCGGGGCGGAGGGAGCUACUUCGGGCCCGAUAUCACAACGAGUUUCCUGCAACAGAACAAGUUUAAGCUGCUGAUCCGCUCCCACGAGUGCAAACCCGAGGGGUUCGAGUACACGCAUAAUGGCCAGGUGCUCACCGUGUUCUCGGCGUCCAACUAUUACGAGAUGGGAAGCAAUCUGGGGGCGUUUGUUCGCAUACAGGGGGCGGAGCUUGAGUGCCGCGUGGUACAGUAUAUGUCAACUCAUAGCCCCACCCACCGCAAAGUGUCGUUCACUCAGAGGAUCAAUACAGUGGAAAAAUCCGCAAUCCAAGACCUCAAAGAGAAGAUAUUAGCUUCCAAGCAUAAACUGCUCAGCGAGUUUAAAAAGUGCGACCUGGACAAUUCUGGCAGUAUAAGUAGCAGCGACUGGUGCUGUGCUUUGGAGACCGUCUUGGAAAUUGAGUUACCAUGGCGAACGUUGAAAUCUAAGAUAGCGAAAUGUGAUAAUAAUGGCGAUGUGCAGUACGAGACGACAUUUGACGAGCUGGAAGUCAGGCACAGAUACAGUGGGAAUGGUCCGUCCAUCACAGAGACGCUGUACAGGCAUAGGGAGAACUUAGAGACAAUAUUUCGCCUUAUUGAUACAGAUCAUUCUGGCUUCAUCUCGAUGCAAGAGUUCGAAGACGCUUUGAUGCUCCUGAUCAAGCAGGUCGACAUCCGGAUCAAUGAACGCGACAUCCGGGACAUUGCCUACAGCCUUGAUAUCAACAAGGACGGCAGCAUAGACUUCAACGAGUUUCUGGAAGCUUUCAGAAUUGUUGACAAUUUCGGGAAAGAUCAUACAAAAAGAGUUAGCCGAGAUCAUUCCAUUGACAGUGCGCAUGUGCCUUCAAUAGCCUCUGAACUAGAUGAGAAGGAAUGAGUAGUCUCUGAACUAGAUGAGAAGGAAUGAGUAGUCUCUGAACUAGAUGAGAAGGAAUGAGUAGUCUCUGAACUAGAUGAGAAGGAAUGAGUAGUCUCUGAACUAGAUGAGAAGGAAUGAGUAGUCUCUGAACCUGCUGAGAAAGAGAGACGACGAAACCAAACCGGCAUCUUAAGUUUAGCCACUCGAGAUUAUUUUAACGACAAACUUGUGUUUGUCAAAACAUAAGAAGUUUUAAUCGAUAAUAUUUUACAUUUGUUUCUGUUACUUUUUUAUUGUUUCAAUAUCCAGACCUCACUUAACGUACACUGAAGUUGUUUCGCAUACGAUUUCUAUACAUUUUAGUUGUACAUUCUGUUAUUUGAUGUAUUGUUAGAUAUCUGUUUAUACAAAUCGUUGUCUAUCAACAUGUUUAUCUAUCUUACUAUUAGACCAUCGGUAUUUGUUUAAGUUUUAUUUUAAUUUUAUACGAAUGCAUACGAUUAAAAUACUGUGGGAUGAAUGCGAUAAGUUAAUGAACGAUGUGUUUAACAUUACAACCACAUAAUUGAUGUUCAGCUGCAAAUAAAGAAGAGAAAU